CUUCCAUUAAUCGCGUAUGGGUACAAAGGCAGUCGGUAUUUUAUGAAAAAUAAUACGUUCGCGUAAGUGUAUCAGAAAUUUUUAGAUAUGGCUGGUACAAUGCAGAAAGUUCAACUUUCAAGCUGUUAUGUUAUGCCUCUUAUUGGAUUUGGAACAUAUAAAAUUCAGGGAAGAGAUGUAAUAUAUGAAGUUGUUGAUGAAAGUUUAAAAGUAGGUUUUCGUUCUAUUGAUACAGCUGUGGUUUAUAGAAAUGAAGAAGAUAUUGGUUAUGCUUUAACAAAGUUAUUACCAAAAUAUAAUCUUCAGAGAAGUGAUAUUUUCUUAACAACUAAACUUUCACCAUCUGAAUUUGGCAAUCCAAAAGGCAUAGCAGAAUCUGUGCAAAGAUCACUUAAAGCACUUAACACUACAUAUAUUGAUUUGUAUUUAAUUCAUUGGCCAGCAGCUGCUCGUAUACCAGAAACUUCUAAAGACAACUUUGCUUUAAGAGCAAAGACCUGGAGUACAUUAGUAGAUUUGAAGAAACAAGGAUUGAUGAGAUCUAUAGGUGUAUCUAAUUAUACAAUAAGACAUUUGGAAGAAUUGUUACAAGAUCAGAAAGGUGAACUACCAGCUGUUAACCAAGUUGAAUGCCAUCCUCAUUAUCGUCAAGAAGAACUAAUUAAAUACUGUAAUGAGAAAGGCAUACAUGUGCAAGCAUAUUCUUCUUUAGGAACUAGUAAGAAUACUAGUCUUUUAAAAGAUCCAACUGUAACAAAAAUAGCUUCUCAACUACAUGUAUCUCCAGCACAACUAUUGCUAAAAUGGGCUCUUCAGCAAGGAAUUGGUGUUAUUCCCAAAGCUGUAAAGAAAGAACACAUAAGAAACAAUAUACAGUUAGAUUUUAUGAUUGAUGAAGAAAGUAUGAAUGCUUUAUCUUCUUUGCCUCAGUGUAAAUAUACAUGGGAUCCUUCCAAUGUGUAUUAAACAAGUGAAGAAAGAAA